CUAUCACUUGUAUUUGUCCCGUACCGUCACUUAUUCAAAUAUUUUUGUCUACCGUGUAUAUAACUAGCGGCGUGACAAGCUUAUGGUGGUGGGACAACACUAUCUGGUGGGGACCCUAUUGAAGUUAGCUGUGUUGCGCGAAAUGAGUAUGAUAUCCCAUUGAACGAAUAAUACCAUUUAAGUACGAUAACUCAUUGUUAAAAAUUUAUUUUCCAGUUUUCCUUUUGAUUUGGAACUAUGUAAAAAAUCUACGACUCAAUCUUAACGUUGACGAUUCAGUUACUUCGACUUAAAUGUGUGGCAGACGACAAAGAACUUGCAAUCUGUCAUCGUAAAGUUUAUCGUAAUAUUAUUUUUUCGAACAGUAAUAACUCCAUAGAAACAGCUUUUAUUGCACAGAUUGACCUCCCGGCUGAUAAUGUUAUGAGAAAAUAGAUUACGUUGAAACGUGCGAAAGCUGUCCAUAUUUCUGUACGAACUGAACAUUAGGGUUAUGAGGCUCCAAUUUCGAAGUCUCGCUAUUCGUAAAUAUCUUUUUAAUAUUUUUAAUAUAAUUUGUGUACUGCAUGAUGGCUGAAAAAUGUAAGGAAUGUGGUUGCAAGUGUGUAAAUUGCAAUCAAAAUGAUGAGCAACACGGGGAGAUGCAUUUGCAUGUAGAGAUAGAAAACUUAAGGCAGCGUUUAUUAGAAAGGGAUAAUCACAUUGUAACAAUGGAGACUCAAUUUUUAAACGAAGCUGAUAAAUUUCCGAAUGGAGAAUUAGCUUCUUUGAAGGAAGAGCUUGUAAUAUGGCAAGAAAAGUAUUCAAGGUUACAUGAAGCGCAUAAACGUGUUCAAAAAGUAAAUCAAAAUCUUGAGGAUAAAUUAUUAAGAAUUGUAGAUAAAUGUGAAACAGAAAAAAGUGCAUUUACCAAGGAUAUUGCAACUUUAUCUCAUAGACUAGCCGAUGCAAAUUAUACCAUACAUCGUUUGACACAAGAUAAUGAAAAGUAUAGAAAUGAUGUAAAUUUAGCAAUACAACUUCUUCAGUGUAAACCGUCUAAUUUUGUAGGUCAAAAAUAUGAUGCUUUACCAUCUGAAGUACAAGCAAAAGUUAGAACAUACAUUGCACAAAAGAAACGUUCUAACGACGCUGCACCUCCUGAUGUGAAAAGUAUUACAGUACCGAUCUCAACGUUUCCUCCAACGGCGAUGGUAUAUAAUGUAACUAAGUCUGCAGCUGAUAAGCAUAGCGACGAUGACUCGGAUGAAUCGAAACCACCGGUGGAUAUUGUCUCGGCUGCGAUAAUGGCCAAAGUUUUAGAAGAUCGAGAAAAAGAAAGAAUAUUUGGUAAACACUGUGAUACAUGUACAUGUCAUAGGAGUAUUUUAAUGGUUGACGCUGAGACUCAAACUAGCGUUCAAGGUGUUUAUCCUUGCAACGAAUGUGCGAUGAAGUAUGCACAAAACGUGGAGAAUCAUUCGGACAAUUUAAAAAGUAUUGAUAAAAAUUGUCAAAAUAAGGAAAGUCAAAAUUCCAUGGUGCACAUGAUGUACCACGAGGUGAACGAGAAUGUUAAUAGUAAAGUACAGUAUCAGAAGAAUUGUACAAAAAAUAGUAGUUGUCAAAGUUUAUGCACAAAAGAUAAAUUUGUAAGUAGGAACGGUAAAAUGGUAGACGGUUUAAAGGAAGGCAAUCGCAUAAAUACGAAAGUUAAUUUAAAUAAAAAGAACUCGCUGCGUCGCAACGACGGUCAAAUUGUGUUCCAGAAUCAAAGCGAGAAUGGGAUUAAACAAGCGAUGCCGCAAAAAAUCAGUGACACUAGUAAAAUAAAUUCAGAUAAAGGUAAACAAAUGAAACCGAAUAAGAAGUGCGAAGUUGACCCUAAAUACAAUGUAAAUUCUUGGAACAAAGUGGAGAAGAAACCUUUGAAUCACAGCCAUACAGUUCCUGAGAAUCUUAAAAGUUACUUCGACGGGAAAGAACAAAGCCAUAUUGAUAUUAUUAACGAUAGAUUGUGGAAGAACGAAUGGACGAAGUUGAAAUCUCAAACUAACAGAGACGGGAAAAACGUAGAGAAAUUCAACAGCGAUAUCGAGAUUGAUGUGAUCAACGAUAGGGUUUGGAAGAACGACAGAUCUAAUCAAGAUACUCAGAGGCCACCGCAGUUAACCUUAAUAGAAGUAAAAAACGUUGAUAGCGUCACGGCCCAGAAUGAUUCUGGACAAAUGGAAGUGGCCACUAGUCCAAGUUUUAGUAGCGAUAGCAUAGUAAUUUCGACUUCCGAUCCUUCCAGCAGUUCUAGCGACGUCAUUCAGUCGAACCGUUUGCAUAAUAUUGGUAACACAAAACCCAACAGUCAGCACAGAACAACUGGUCCUAGAAACUGUCUGGUGAGAGUCACGCCUGGGUCGAAAAAUAUUCUUCUAGAUAAUGCUGGCCACUAUAAAACUGUACUAUACACUAGCGGAGGUAACAAACCAAAUACUGCUUUAGUUCAUUCCAAAAAAUUGUCUCGAUCCGGAUCUGAACGAUCUGUCUCGACCAGUAGCGAGGAAAGUACUCCAAUUUUGCUGCACGACAAUAAUCAACUACAAAGAGUAGCCGAAUGGGUUCAGUCGUCCGUUCACAUGGACAACUCCAUAACGAGCUACACAAAAUUGAAGCCUAACGAAAAUCUGAUGGACAAGAGUCCUUCGAUAAUGUAUCUAAACGAAUCGCAAAGAAAAUUAGAUGGUCAGAUGUUGUUCGAGAAUUCUGCAAAAAGUAAAUGCGCAAAUGCGGAGGUAGUCGAAGAUUUUAAACCGAGAGAUUUAAGUAAGGAUGUAAAUAAUUUUUCACCGAAUGUAAAUACGGAACUAGACAAAGAUAAGGAUUUGAUAUCUUUCGACGUCCCUAACGAAGAGGAGAAAGUUUUGCCUAAAACUUUGAAGAAAGGAGACGCAACCGAUUUCGAUUACGAGGUAAAGAUCACUAAAGAAAUGGAGGAGACUUAUCUAAAGCUUGCCGCAAGUUUAGAUCCCGUCGCGUUGAGCUUAUCUAAUACGGAUAACGCGGAUUUAACGAUCGAGAAGUAUAGGAAAGAUCAUAAGAGGCUUCAGAGGAGCCACGAUAAGGUGGGAUCAAAGGUGUAAAAGUAUUUCAGCUAUGGCAGAGGAUUAUUACGUAUUUUAGCAGGGAGUUCCUUUAAAGAUAACAGAGCAUUAUUUUUUGUAACUAUGUGAAACUUAAGGCUGUACCAAGAUCAGUAGUUUAGGGAAGAACAUUCUAUACACCACUGCAGACAUAGAUAUUUAUUUCCUUUGUACAGAAAUUUCAGUUUAAGAAUCACUUUUUAGCAACUAUGUUAGUCAGUUGUGUUAACGCGUGUAAUUUAAUUAAAGGUUAGAAACGGUAUUCUUUGUUACAUCAACCACUAUCUCCGGAGGAUUUGCUGUUAUUUCUUAGUUUCCUCUACAGUUUUGUAUAGAUCGAAAAAUAGCCCAACUAAAUUAGAUAACGAACUUUUAUUCUUGUUACUGCGAUUAAAUAUUAUAGAACGAAAUUGCGUUCGUGCGUAUUAAAACGAGACAAUAUUUAAAGAUUCGUUGUCGGAUGCUAUGGUUUCCAUAGUGCAAUAUAAUAACGCGUGCUACUUCCAAUUAUACUAGAGUCACCUCGCAAAUAUUUUGCGAUGUCUUUUACAUUUAUUUCAGGGGAGAUGAGAUGUUAGCAUUGGAUGCGUUAACACGUUGACUGCCACAUUCUUAAUACAUACUUAUUAAUAUAAUACAGUUAUUUAAUGUAACAUAAAGUUUACUUUAAAGUUUGACCAUGUUUUUGAACAUUUCUUCAAAAUUAAUAAAAUGAAUCUGUAGUAUUUAAACAAAUGAUAUGAACAAUAAUUUUAUGGGACAUAAAAGGUGUUUGAGUUGUAAAAUGGAGUGGGUGUUCAGUAGUAAUUAUUUAUCACUGAUCUCCGCAGUCAACGUGUUCGUUUAGCGAUCGUAGACGUAAAACGAGUAAUAUAUUUUCUUUGUGUGUGCUGGUAUAGAUAUGGCAGAAUAUAGCAGACAAUAUUACGGUCGAACUUACUCGUUAAGAUAUAUAUUUGCGAAAGAGGAAAAGUAACCGGAUUUGUGUUACAAAAAAGAAGAAAAAAAGAAUUAUGGUACCAAAGUUGAAAAUGCUCGUUGCAAGAUUUAGUACUUAUUUAAUAUAUGGCUUGAAUCGAUGUGUUAUAGCGUAAUCGUAAUUUCUUUUCUUUCUUUGCAUGUCUUACGUACUUCUAUUUGGAAAAAGAAAAAUACAGAGGUGUAAUUAAGAUCUAUCGGAACGGAACGGUUAAUUUCGAUGUUAAAACCGAUCCUUUCGUUAACAGUGGAGCUAAGCUUAUAUCUUACCGAACUUGCGAAACAAAUUAAUUACUGUCUGCCGCGCGGGCAAUGAAUUGAUCCAAAUAAAAAAAAACAUUGUAA